CUCUUGCUUUUGAAGCGGGCAUAACGGUAGACUUUAUGGACUGUAUUGAUGAUUCGGGCAAGCAUUUACUGUGUUUUAUCAUGUGCCGACCCCUCACACAGGGUCGACUUUCCGAAUUAGGAAGUCAGCUCCUCCACAGAAGUUGCUUAUCAUUCCGAGGCUGCGAUAUAACAAGCGACGACCCUUGACGUGAAACCCCAGAAAACAAUCCUUUGAUACCUGCAAAAUCAUCUCCUGACUUUCUGGAAACCAUCUUUUGCUAUCAAGCAAUACCUUCCCCGCCACAAAUCCAUCAAGCAACAUUCAAUCAUGUGGGCCGUCUUACCAAGGAAGAACUCAGCAUCAUCGCCCCGCCUACAUCAAGCAAGACCUCUCACGCCUCCACAGGAGGAAGCCGCAGAUGAAUCUCCAAAGUCCACAGCUCAGAAAGCUGUCGUUUUGAAUGCAGAUUACACAGCCACGACCCAACCCGAGAGCUUCACAGAUAAAGCACGCGGCGAUGUGACAUGGCACACCCUGCUCUCCUCCAACAAGACUGCCUCCCAAGACAUGUCCGCCGGCAUCGCUUCAUGUCCAGCAAACACAGGCUACCUGGCCCAUCACCGCCACACUCAAUCCGAGAUCUACUACAUCAUCUCUGGCAAGGGUGAAGUCACAGUGGAUGGCAAAGUACAUGCCGUGACUGGAGGUAGCACAGUAUUCAUCCCUGGUGAUGCCGAACAUGGCAUCAAAAACACAGGAGAGCAGGAGUUGAAAUGGUUCUAUGUCUUCCCCACAGCCAGUUUCGGAGACGUGGAGUAUAAAUUCUCAGAGACGGAGAAGAUUGACGAACGUGUUGAUGAGUUUGUCCCACGCAAGGAGCCUCCAGUUCUGAAGAUCUACGGUUGGGACGCUUGAAGCGAUACUCUAGGAUGAUGAUCUUUUGAACUUUUUUGGAUGCAUGCACAGGGUGGAUGGGCGUUAUGGCGGUAUCAAGGACAUUUUGUACACAACCACUGGAUAGGAUCCUACGAUCAUAUAUUAUUAUUACACUUUUGUAACACUCAGAUG